AUGGCUUCUAUAGUGAAUCUCGGUAUUUUGGAUUAUAUUGUGAUCGGUAUGAUGCUUUUGAUAUCUGUUAGCACAGGAAUUGUGUUCCGAUUCACAGGAAAUCGUCAGAAAACUACACACGAGUAUCUAAUGGCCGAGAAAUCAUCCCCCAUGCUACCAGUUAUAAUGUCCAUUUCUGUCUCGCUUACCUCUGGUGUUCUUAUGGUCGGCGUCCCAGCCGAGAUUUACCGUUAUGGUUCACAAUAUAUAAUUAUUGGACUGGCAGUAGGUAUAGGAAUGCUUGUAUCUUCAUAUAUCUUCUUGCCGGUAUACUUCCAGUGCAAUGUAACGAGCAUCUAUGAAUUUCUUGAAAUGAGGUUUGGUAAAUGCACAAAAUACACAGUUUCCGCUUUAUUCAUCAUUCAAAUGGUACUCUACAUGUCUUCAGUUCUAUAUGCUUCCGUACUGGCUUUGACUGCCGUUACUGACGUAUCUACAGAAAUAAUCAUUAUUGUGUGUGGACUGACCUGUACCUUUUAUUGCGUUCUGGGUGGUUUAAAAGCUGUCUUGUGGUCUGAUCUCUUUCAAGGGAUUCUGAUGUUCGUCUCCAUAAUCAUAAUAUAUACUUUCGGGAUGACCGAAGUUGGGGGAAUAGGAGAAGUGAUCAGACGGGCUGAAACUGGAGAUAGGAUUAAAUUGUUUGAUACAACAUUUGAUUUUACGGCAAGAUAUACUUUCUGGAAUGUUAUAGCGAGAGGACUCAGCAUUGGAAUCGGCGUCUAUGGGACAAGCCAAAUUGAAGUUCAAAGAGCUCUCAGUAUGAGCAAAUGUCAAAAAGCUCAGUCAGCCUUAAGAUGGAGUGUUAUUCCAGUGAUCCUUCUGUUUGUAACUUGUAGUUUUUUGGGAGUACUCUUAUAUUCCGUUUUCUACAAGUGUGACCCGGUUUCAGUGGAACCUGGGUUAACGAAACAUGAUCAACUAGUUCCUUACUUUAUUGUUACAAGGAUGCACGGCAUUCCUGGUCUAGUUGGUUUGAGCUUCGCUGGAGUUUUCAGUGGUUCUCUUAGCAGCAUUUCUUCUGCACUCAACUCUUUGUCCACAGUGACUGUUGUCGAUUUCUUGCAACCUGUCUGUCCUUUUGAUCUAAGCGAUUCCAAGCUAGUGUUCAUUGCUAAAGGGUUGUCUUUGUUUUAUGGCAUUCUCUGCAUUUGUGUAUGCUUCCUCAUAUCUCAGUUCCAAAGCAUUCUCCAAAUUACGCACAUAUUCUUAAGUGUGGUGGAAGGUCCAACUGUUGCCAUCUUCCUCAUUGGAGUCCUCACAAGAAAGGCUACAGAUAAAAUUAUUAUGUUUGGACUUAUGAGUGGAUUUGUAUUUUCCCUUUGGAUUGGCUUAGGGUCCAUUUUUAGUGGGCAUAAAACUGAAGCACUGCCUCUAGAAUCCGCAAGCUGUUCUAAUUAUACUAAAGUUACAGAUUUCUUCCGAAACUCUACGAAUGUUCUACCUACGGAAUGUUCUAGCGCUAACAUGUGUCCAAUGUUACUGACAGAUAAUUCGAUGAGGUAG